AGUGCCCUCCCAAGACACCCCAGGUGCCUCUGGAUUCCUAACCACCAGAAGUCCCAUUUCACCAUCAAAGAAGACCCUGGUCAAAGAUGUUGAAAGAUUCACAGAAAUCCUUAAUGCCCAGCCGUGGGCAAAAGAUGACAUCAGGCACAAAGGCGAAGGUGCCGCUGACGGCAUUGUCCCAGAAAUGGAAGCGGGACCGAGAGCAGACUCUGGAGGCAGCUUAUGUACCAGUGGUGGUGGAUCCGCGGGGGCAGAACCCAGACACUAGCAUCAGGUUCAGUUUCUACAACUCACGGUAUUCCAAUUCUCUAAAUCCCUUCUACACCCUGCAGAAGCCCACCUGUGGCUACCUGUACCAAAGAGAAACCGACCACGCCCGCAAACGCUUUGAUGUGCCUCCAGCAAACCUGAUCUUGUGGCGCACCUAGGUCCGCGACAUCUGGAAGUCCCCAUCCUGCACCUUCAUCCUAUGGUCCUGGGUCCCAGAGGGAAAGAUCAUUCCUGCCUGAGAAGCAGUGCAUACCUGGGCUAGCCAGGUAUGCCGUGACAGCUGAGGGAGGCCUCGUCUCAAUAGAAAUAAACUUUGUCCUUUUCUUUCCUGGCACCUAAAUAGAUAAGGUUGCCACCUGGUGAGUUUAUUCAGAAGGGACUGAAGAAUCGAAAGGGUUUCCUUUUAGUCCCUCUGCCCCAAGAAUAUGCUUCUCCCAGGGCCAACUGUCAGUCAGUGCUGACUUCAGAAUUCCCAUGGGCCACACUUGGCAAAUGCUCCCCAAAGCUAAAAACGCUGCCUGUGUGUGGAUCCUGCUCUCGUGAGGUCAGACUGUAAUAACCAUGGGGGCGUGGAGACAGAUGCAGGGAAUGAGCAUGUUUCUAGUAACCGCUCCUGUAAAAAACGGCCUUUUGUUUUGUUUUGUUUUGACAGGGUGUCACACAGUCCAUUCUGGUCUCAAAUUGGAACUUUUGACUCCUGUCUUAUCUGCCAAGGAUCACAGUAGACCACACUCUGGUCUACUGAGGGGUCAUGUGUGCUAGACAAGCCUGCUACUAAUUAAGCUAUGUUCCUAAUUGUUUCUGUUGUUGUUGUUUUUUGGGGGUGGGUGGGGGUGGGGAUGGACAGUCUCUCUCUAUGUAGCCCUGGCUGUCCUGGAACUCACUAUGUAGACAAGGCUGACCUCAAACUCAGAGAUCUGCUGGCCUCUGCUUCCUGAGUGCAUCACCAAGACAAGCUUAUUA